AUGUUUAGGCCACAAGGAGCAGUUGUUUGGUUUUCCUUCUUUUUCCUGGUCUGGAAUGCAGCGCAGUUUCUUGAGUUUACAAGUGCAGAUAUCGCUGUGAUGAAACUCUCUGUCUCCGUUAAGGAGUGGGAUGAACUGAUUGGAAAGAAUGAUGUAAGAGAAUCCCUAGAAGUUUUGGAUGGAUAUUGUGCAAAUGUUGUGAAUGUGGUGAAGGAAUUGGAGCCAAAACUGAAUUCCGUUACUCUGUCAUGUGACAUCCAUCCAUUACAAAAACCAAAUAAUAUUCAUGCCGAAACCAUCAAUGUUCAACUUGCCGUGUUCACGAGCGAAAUGGAAAAAGUAUAUUCAUCAGAAACGUGGUUUCCAUCGUUGAAGAAUGCACUUGAAUCGGGUACUGUGAAUGUGGAUAGCACGUGGAUAACUAAAACCCACCUGUUCAACGAAUAUUUUGGAACGCACUUAGUCGCUGAUAGGUGCGCUGAUCUGAAGAACAUAAUGUCGAGGAGAUAUCCCGGGUUUGGAGAAUCAAUGGAGAACUGUCUCUUCGAUAUGCAUAAAGGGACUAUAAGUAUGAGUAUGAAAUACCAAGAACUAAUGAAGAAAGGAUAUUGCUGUUUCAAACAUAACAUAUACAGAAGAAUAUACUGGUCUAUUGAUGAAUUAUUGCGACCGGAAAAAUAUGGUGAGAAUUUUCGAAAAACACAAAUUUAA